GCUGCUCCUCCUCGUGAUCGCCGAUCUUCAGGAUCGCAGCGGCUCCGUCGCCGCCGGACACGCCCGCCAUGCGCGCCCCGCCGCCCUCCGCCGCUAAGCUCGAUCCCCCGCGCGCCGCCGCCGCCGCCGCCGCCCCCCGCCCCGCCCGAUCGCAUUGCCCCCCCGAGCGCCGCUCCGCCGGAGCUCGUGCCGGCCUCAAGGUACAUGAUAAGAUUUUCCAAAGGCCCGGUUGCCGUCUGCGGCGGAGCCUCAUUUCGUACCGGGCAUUUGAUGAGGACGCAGUCGAUAUCCCAUCCCUUGACGAUUGGGGUGGCAGUGAGGGCACCGGUGGUUAUAUGAUUUCAUCCAGUGAUGGUGAAGAUAGUGACAGUGAAAUGAUGUUAACUCCGAGCAAUGACAUGGAUUUGCCAAAGUACAAAGUAUCGACGAAUGAUGCAUUCACAAUUACUGCUCAUAGAUUUGCAAUGAUUGGCAGGCGCCGGAAGAAACGCAGGAUCAAAUAUGGGAUUUUGAACAACAUGGGCUUGAUUACUUUUCUGACGACCUUGCUUUUGCUCUUGGAUUGGUGUGCUUGGCGGAUUGUCAGAUUACCGUUGCCGCAAUUUUACUUGACUCGUCCUUUUUUCAUGUCGGCUUUUAUAGCGUCCUGUGUAGGCUACAUAUUUGUUCCCUUGCUUGAUAGUUUUAAUAUUUACCAAAUCAUACGUAAGGAAGGGCCUGUGAGACACUAUUUGAAAAAGAGAACCCCCACAAUGGGCGGAUUGCUUUUUGUGCCCGUUGGUGUAGCCGUUGCACAAGCCAUAGCUGGUUUUUCUUCAACUGAAGUUACUGCAGCUACUGUAGCGACUCUGUCAUUUGCUGCAAUUGGGUUUAUAGAUGAUAACCUAAGCCUCGCCGAGAAUCGAAAUCAUGGUUUAUCUGCUUGGGUGAAAUUAUUGUUAGAGGUUGUUGUUGCGACAAGUUUUGCUUUGUGGCUGGAUUGCACGAGGAUAUCAUCACCUUAUGGCAUGAAAAAGUUGGUUCCCUUACCAGCACCAUUGGGCAUUGUAUGCCUGGGAAAGUUUUAUUCUUUGUUGACAUCGUUUUGCUUCGUCUCUAUGGGAAAUGGGAUUGAUCUAACUGAUGGUCUUGAUGGAUUGGCGGGAGGGGUUUCUGCACUGGCUUUUAUAGCAAUGUCAGCUGUGGUGCUUCCGAUAUGUGCUGACCUUGCUAUCUUCGGUGCAUCAAUGGCUGGAGCCUGUGUUGGUUUUCUUUUGCAUAAUCGGUACAAAGCAUCUGUCUCCAUGGGUGAUACUGGAUCUCUAGCACUUGGUGGAGCACUAGCUGCAAUGGCAGCCUGUACGGGAAUGUUCCUUCCGUUAUUCAUUUCUUCUGGGGUUUUCGUUGUUGAAGCAUUCUCUGUAGUUUUGCAGGCAUCACAUUUCGAAGCCACCAAGUGCUUGCAUGGAUAUGGGGAUCGCAUUUUUCAGAUGGCACCCCUUCAUCAUCAUCUCGAAUUAUGUGGUUUCAAAAAACCGAUUAUUGUAGCCGGGGUAUACCUUUUAUCGUCCAUAUUGUCCUUGUUCGCUGGGUAUGUGGGUCUUAUAUCAGCAUAAUUUUUAUAGAAAUUUUCAGAAACUUUUUGAGUUAGUGCAUAGAAAUUCUCAUUUCACUUAUAGGAACACUUACACUUAGAUACAAUUUUUUUUUCUUGUUUUUUCCGUUCUCUCCGGCAUGAAAUUUCAUACCGAGUUAACAGAUAUGGUAGGAUGACAUCUCCUGAGCUCAGCGGUCUGAUUCUAUUUGGCAUACGAAUCGCUAUGAAAGAAUUUCUCCUGUUUAGUGGUUCCUCAUC